GACAGAACUUUCCAAUUGAGUUUUCUCUGUACUUUUUGUAACUGAGACUGACGAAUCGACACCAGCCUCGAGGAUGAUUUUCCUACAAUUCUGGUGGACCCUAAUGUUGCUGAGUGGCACAAAUAUGCUGCAGGCUGCCGACUCUGGGCAGCCCAGCAGCGAGCAGUUGAGCAGCUUCAAUCGGGCGGUGCUAGAGGCGCGCGACAAGAUGCAGAAUCUGGGCGGAGCGGACAGCCUGUACCGGCCGCCGCGGCACACUAUCGACGAUAUGCUGGCGAGUUUUGUGCACACCAGCGACGAGGUUGCGGAGGAGCCCGGCUUGGCGGAGGCAGCCGACGCCUGGUAUCGCGACUUCCAGGCAGCGAGCCAGAAGAAGGCGCGGGCAGUCCGGCAGCAGAAGAGCCAGGCCAAGACCUAUGUGAGCAAGUACGACAAGCAACUGCAGGACACGGAAAUUGGCAAGGUGAAGCUAAAGUACAAGGACCCUGAGGCAGAUCUCGUCAUGCCGCAGCUCGAGGCCACCAGUGCGCCCUUCCUGUUCGAUGGCGGGGGCCUCUCCUCGCUGGACAUCAAGCUGAAGCAUGCGCAGCAGAUACUCAACGAGCAUGAGCAGACCAGCAAGAAGGAUCCACCCAAGCUGAAGGAGUACCACAAGAAGACAGACGUCAGCGACGAACAGCCGGAGUUCGGGGACGCCCCAGUGCCCGAGGGGAUCUACGAGCAAAAGAUAUCGCAGCUCGAUGCACCCAAAGUGCGGCCCAACAAUCUGCUGCACGAGGCCAACUACAAGCUCUCCAAGAUAGAGCAGGAGGCCUCCGAGAACACCCAGCGCCCGCCUCGCCCCAAGGGCAGCGACCUGAUGAAGCGCAGCUUCCAUCUCGGCUUCAAUCCCAUGAACGAGAUCAAGCUGAAGACGAGCAGCCGCCUCAUGCUCAAGGGCAUGGGACCCUCGCUGCCGAGCAAUGCGCUGAUGGAGAGCCAGCAUGCCCGACACGUGGAAGAGGUGAUGAAGCGGCGACAGCUUAAAAUGCAACGGGAGCAACAGCGGCAGGAUCUAGAUCCAGAUGUGGACUUGGACAUGGAUCAGGAACAGAAUCGGGAGAUCGACUCUAGCGAUGAUGCAGAACUGGGGCCGCAGAACGAUGGCUUUAGUCCAUCGCUGAGCAACGACGUCAUGCAGGUCCCAGAGGUUGCCUCUUCCGGUGACCAUCAAACGAUGGAUCUGCCAGAGAGCUACGACUAUCAUCUGCCCCCGUACGAUCGCUUUCAUGCUCUCAGCCAGCGGCAAAUGCCCGACAUGGUCAGGGUCAGGUCCAGUCGCAGAUCCACUGGGGAUCUGGUACGCUACAAGCGAGAGCACGCCCCGAAGCAGAGCCUGGAAAUGGCUGUGAAGGAGCCAGGCAACAAGGUCAAGUUAGAAGUCGCCGAGCCACAGCAUGGGGUGAUUCCUGAAGUCAAAACGAAUCUGGAAAAGGAAGCAAUCGAAGGCAAAGACAUGGGAACAACAGCUGAUUCGGGCAAGGCGCAAGUCGAAGCUGCGGUGAAGCUCUCUGCGCCAGUGAAAGUGGACACGGACUUUGAGCUGAAGCCCACGGAAUCUGCGAUGAUGAAAGAUUCCUCCGUUCUAGAGGCGGACCCUUUGACAAAACCAGAGGUGGCCGAUGUUGCACAAGACCCCGCUGUUGUGGUGGACAGUCCUGAGGCCAAGCCCAGCGCAGAGGCGGAUGCCAACAGCCUUGCCGUCCCACAAUUGGAACUGGAACAGCCGCAGGUGCAGGAGAAGGCCCAGCCAGCAGCCAGUAUGGAAGAUUCCGGGCUGCAGGAGAACGUCAAGCUGAGUGUGGAGGAGUCUGUCACAUCCAUGCCAGCGGAGGUUGUACCCAAGACAGAGAGCGUGGAAGCAGCAGCAGCGGCAGGCACAGCUGCUCCCCGUUUGGUCGAUGCCGAUGCGGUGGUGAAGCUUCUGGCCAGAGAGAUGUCGCAUCAAAGAGCUCAAACAGAGCGCAAGAAGCGACACAUCCAUCGCCGUCGACGUCAUGAGCGCAUGCCUUACAGGAAGAGGCGCCGCUCCAGACGCUCAACGGGCGACGAGCAACAGCCCACGGAAUGCCACAAGAGAGCCAAGCGCAUGGCUGCUCCACUGCUGGAUGACUUUGAGGAUCACAAUGGGAAUCGCUUGCGUUUCGGUGACCUGGGAAACGGUCUGCUUAUGCCCGAUGCCAAGGAGGAGGAGGAGGAACUUGAAGAAGAGCCUCACUACGAUGAGGACGAGGCCAGUCUCUAUGAUGGGUCCAACAUUCAGGUGCCAAUGAUGAAUCAGCGUGCUAACGGAGGAGGUUAUCAGGUCACGCAACAGCCUCUGCAAAUGCAACAGCAGCAGCAGCAACAGCAGCCACAACAGCAGCAACCACAACAGCAACCGCCACAGCAGCUGCAGAUCCAUAAUCAGCCCUCCUUCAAGGCCACCUUCAAUUUGACAAACUUUUUCAAUGAACUGCAGAAAAUUCAGAAGAAUCGUCCGUCUCAGCAGCAACAGUACCGUCCAGCUCUGCAGCAGCAACAACAACAGCAGCAGCAGCAGCAGCGCCAACAACAGCAGCCGUCACCGAGUCAGCGUACAUAUCUUCCUCAAAAGCAAUAUCCUCCACAAAAGCAAAACCAAUACCUUCCACAAAAGCAAUAUGCGCCGAAACAGCAAUAUCUACCACAAAAGCAACACACACCGCUACAUACCCAACUGAAACAGCCGCAAAUGAAAGUACAGGCACCGCCACUGAUGAAGCAAUCUGCAGUUCACCGUUACUUUGGUCCCUUCUUCAACAAGCAGGUAAAGAGCAACGUAUUGAGCACAGUCGACCCGUGCAUUACGCCAGGGCCAGCGCCGACACAGUCCACUCUGCCCAUAACUGUAGAUCCCAAUUGCGUUUCCAUUACCACGAGGCUUCCCGACGCUUCCACGGAGUCGACUACAACGGGAAUCGGUGAAAGCUCAACGGAGAUUCCAUCCAUGGCGAACACCACAGAUGCAGCUGGAAAUGGAACAACCUCAGAGGGGGCGGCAGAUCAGGAGAGUACAACUUCUGGACCUGCUGUGCCAGCCGACGAUUUCUGCAGCAGUCCCGAUGCCAUGAAGCUGAAUGUGUCCAUCAAUGCGAACGUGUGCGGGGAUCCAAAGACAAAACAGUUCUAUGGCAACGGAUCGAUCAACAUGCGACCAGCCUUCGAUCAGAUGGACAACGAUGACCUGAUGCUGGAUUGGCCGCAUGCGGCAGAGCAUGAGAAUAACGAUUAUUUGAUGGAGCAUGAGGAUCGAUAUGCCCGCGAAGCAGCUACUGAGGAUAAUGAUAUGGAGAAAUCCAGUCACAGACGGUACAACAGAUGGGGCAAGCUGCACGCCAAGGGGAAAUCGUCAAAAUGCUCAAAUACCGAGCACUGCGAUGACAGCUUGGAGAAGCUCAUAAGCGGCAAGACGUCGGAGGCCAUUGUGUCGGCCGUCCUCGAGGCAGUCAGCAAUGAUCCGGGCAUGGAUCGCCUGCUGGCCGUGCUGGAGCGCAAUCGCAAGGGCUGCCAGAAGAAGCCCAAGAACUUCUAUCAGAUCCGCAAUGACAAGAACGAUCAGUAUCUGCAGCACACAGAGAGCAUGGUGCGGGACACCAUGGAGGCCAUUAGCGACAUCAUCGACAAGCAAGUGCGGCUGCGCGCCUGCAUCCCUCUGCGCCCGGACCUCAGCGAGUUCUACGACCUCAUCCUGAAGACCAUGGAGGAGCAGAAGAAGAGCCGCGAGAAGCGCGAGAAUUCGGUGAGCGGCCUCGCCCAUGACUUCAGCGAGGAUGUGCGUUUGCUGGAUGUCGGCCAGAUUGAUUCCCGUUCCCGCAUCGUCAAGAAGCUGCUGCGCCAGUACGAGCAGCUGCCCCUGGAGGAGCAGCGUGCGGCGGCCAAUAUCCGCGACGAACUUCUCACGGAUCUCAUGUACCUACGCAAGAUGGCAGACUCCGUGGAGCGCACGCAGCGGGAAGCCAAGCUGCAGCAGGUGCUGCGCCAUACCAACAUGGACAACGUCCUGCAGUCGCAAAGUUCCAGCGAGCUCUCGCCCCGCUUCAUUAAGCUGGUGAAGACCGCAGAGCUGUUCAAGGAGGCCGGCGAGCAGCAAGCCAGGGCCUUCGUCGGGCUCUAAGCGUGUUUCCUUGAUGUUUACUUAUAUUUUUUAUGUUG